CUCCAAUUAGAAAAUCCAACGGCAGCGUUGCGCGACAGAGCCGAGUCUGUUCGGAGCGAACUGAGUGCUCGAACAGAAACAUUUGAAAUCGAGUGUAUCCGUAUCUGUAUCUGUAUCUGUACACUCGUAUAUAUCGAUAUGUGCGGUGUGGUGGUGCGAUUAAAUAAUACUCCGCGAAAGGCCAAACAAAUUACAUAAAGUGGAAAACAACAGAACAGAAAGAACCGAUUUCUGCCGCAACGUGCUGUGUUCAUCGCCGAUUGUUUUCAUUAGUAGCCCAAUUAAUUAGCAAAAAGUCCUUGUUUACAAGCCAAUACAGCUAUACAACACCUACGCAACAGAAACAACAAUAAAAACACAGCAGCAGAAAAAGCAAAACAACAGCGAGACACAACUUUGUCUCGUGUCGUCUCUUUCUCAAAAAUUUUCCUACUGCGUCGCCUACAAUUCGCCAUUGCUGCUGUGUUUCGGGCAAAUUCCGGUCGAAUGCUGCGACAACAUAUACAACGCGAUUAUUACUCAAAUUUAUCUGUGCAGUCGAAGGCAGAAGCUGAGGCAGAAGCAGAAGCGGGAGCUGAGCAACAAAAGCAAGAGUGUGGAAAAUCAAAGUGGCCAAAUAAAUUGAAACAGAUCCGAGAAAUACGCGCGCUUUGUUGUGGUUGUGUGUCGUGAGUCGCAUGUCGUAUGUUGUGUGUGUGUUGUGCUGGCGCUCUUCCUCUUGCUGCGUGUGCCCAUUGGAAUUUGUACCCUGAAUCGCAAUUACAACAUACACAGCCAGCCGUCCCUCUCUCUUCACUCUCUCUCUCUCUCUCUCUCUCUCUCUCUCUCUCUCUCUCUCUCUGUCUCCGUCGCCCCAUUCUACGCACUCGGAGAGUGGAGCUAAGAGAGUACGCAGUGUUGUAACAGUCGAUGCCCGAGCGCGGACACAUUAACGGAGCACAGCAGCAGCAGCAGCUCCAGUCACCAAGCGGGGCCAGCAUCGCAGGGGCAUCCGUCGUCUCUGUCUCGGUGGCAGCCGCCUCCAGCAGCAACAUCAUUGAGCCGCAGCUCAGCAUUGCGGCCACCACAACAACGGCGCCUACAGCGGCUACCAUGCCGGCUAUGGCCAAGGAGAAGGCCUCAGCAGCAGUCUCCUUGGGCGAGUCGAACUACCUGACGGAGCUGGCCGUGGUGGUGGGCAUGGCCACCACAGCGGCGGCGGCCCAGCGGCUGCAGCAGGCGCCCCCGGCCGUCCACGUCUGCGGCUGCGGAUCGGCCUCGGCGGCCGCGGAGAACAACAACAAUAGCCGCUACGGCAGCGGCAACAAGUGUCUGACAAACGGCCACACCUCGCCUCUGGCGGCGGCGGUCGCCAGCAACAGUUCGUCGGUGGCCACCACGCCGCAGUGCAGCAAGUUGUGCUGUCGGCAGCAGUACCAGAUAUUGGAACAUGUCCAAUUUAGCUGCAACAUGCAGCUACAGACGCACCAACUGCAGCAGCAGCAGCAGCCACAUCAGCAUCAGCAGCAGCAGCAACAGAAUCCUGCGGCCAGGCGGUCGCCGAACGACUUCAUCUUCGGACGCUACAUUGGCGAGGGAAGCUUCAGUAUGGUGUACCUGGCGGUGGACAUCCACUCCCGCCGCGAGUAUGCAAUCAAAGUGUGCGAGAAGAGACUGAUCCUGCGCGAACGGAAGCAGGAGUACAUCAAGCGGGAGCGCGAGGUGAUGCACAUGAUGAGCAACGUGCCCGGGUUCGUGACCCUGUCGUGCACGUUCCAGGACCAGCGAUCGCUCUACUUCGUGAUGACCUACGCCCGCAAGGGCGACCUGCUGCCCUACAUUAACCGCGUCGGCUCCUUCGACGUGGCCUGCACGCGGCACUACGCCGCCGAGCUGCUCCUGGCCUGCGAGCACAUGCACCGCCGCAACGUGGUGCACCGCGACCUCAAGCCAGAGAACAUCCUGCUCGACGAGGACAUGCACACUCUCAUCGCCGACUUCGGCUCGGCCAAGGUCAUGACCCCCCGCGAACGGGACGAGGCUGCCGAGCACUGCUCCGAGCAGCGGCGUCAGCACUCCGACGAGGAUGACGAGGACCUCGACCGGGCCGACAACGAGGAGGACGAGUAUUACGACCGCGACUCGGAGGAGUUGGACGAGAACGAUGGCGAGGAGCAGCAGGACGAGUUGGACUCGCCGCGGCACCGCCAGAGGCGCUCUGCCCGUCACAGGGGCAGGCGGAGCAGCUUCGUAGGCACGGCGCAGUACGUCUCCCCGGAGGUGCUCAAAAACGGACCCAUCACUCCGGCGGCUGAUCUGUGGGCACUGGGGUGCAUCAUCUACCAAAUGAUCUCUGGCCUGCCCCCCUUCCGCGGCAGCAACGACUACAUCAUCUUCAAGGAGAUCCUCGACUGCGCCGUGGACUUCCCGCAGGGCUUUGACAAGGACGCCGAGGACCUGGUCCGCAAGCUGCUCAAGAUCGACCCCCGCGACCGUCUGGGCGCCCAGGACGAAUUCGGCUACUAUGAGAGCAUCCGGGCGCACCCAUUCUUCGCCGGAGUCAACUGGCAGACGCUUCGUCAGGAGACCCCGCCGCCCAUCUACCCCUACCUGCCGGGCGUGAGCCAGGACGAGGACAUCCGCUCCAGCUACAGCGUGCCUGGGGACCUGGAGCCAGGUCUGGACGAGCGCCAGAUCUCCCGACUGCUCAGUGCCGAACUGGGCGUGGGCAGCAGCGUGGCCAUGCCCGCCAAGCGCUCCACUGCCAAAAACUCCUUCGACCUGAGCGACGCCGAGAAGCUGCAGCGACUGGAGCAGCAGAAGACUGACAAGUGGCACCACUUCGCCGACGGCGAGGUGAUUCUCAAGAAAGGCUUUGUGAACAAGCGGAAGGGUCUGUUCGCCCGCAAGCGGAUGCUGCUGUUGACUACCGGGCCGCGGCUGAUCUACAUAGAUCCCGUGGCGAUGAUCAAGAAGGGCGAGAUCCCCUGGAGCCCGGAGCUGCGGGCCGAGUACAAGAACUUCAAGAUCUUCUUUGUCCACACGCCAAAUCGCACCUACUACUUGGAUGACCCCGAGGGCUACGCCAUCCACUGGUCAGAGGCCAUUGAAAAUAUGCGCAAGCUCACCUACGGUGAGGGUGCCUCCACCUCCACAUCCACGUCAGCAUCCGUCUCUUCCUCUGCAGCGUCGGCAGCAUCCUGUUCCAGCGGUAGCACCAAUAGCCUGUCUGUCGCCAACUCCUCGGCCGCCGCAUCAAGCAGUUCUCCUACGGCGCGGCGCAGCUCGCCAGUCAGCACGUCAAAGUCUUCAGCAUCAGUUGCGGCGGGCAGCCGGACGACAGGAAGCAGCAGCAGCAGCAGUAGCAGAACAGGGACCUCCCCUAGCAAAAAAACGGCGUCCAAGUGAGCGAGCGCUCGCAGCGGAUGACCCCUAGUUGUAGCAAAGUGAAAUUAAAUUCUAAUUUAGUGGAAAUUUAGUGCAAACAAUAGCGAGGAAGAGCCGGGAAUAGAAUAGGCGCUGGAGAAGUGUAGGAUUAGGAGACUAGGACUAGCAAGUAGCCAUAGGAGUAGGUGAUAAUGCGGAACUAAUGUUCGUGUCUUUAGUGCUAAUUAGAACCCAAUUUAUGUUCAUCAUUUGUGCUUAGGCGAAGAAUACUAAACUAAACUAAUCUAUACGCUAAAGUAACUAGUAACGGCUAAGUAAUUCAAUUCGAACUUAAAUUAAAUAUUUAUAUGAAACAUACAUAAAUACCUAUAUGUAGUCGUAUUUAGCGCGUAGUUAGUCACAAUUUAAAUUAAAUGAAUUUGAACUAGGAUCGGAUCCGGGAGCAGAUAGGAUUUUGGGCUUGGACCGGACCUUCACUGAUUUCAUAAAACGAGGAGAAGUUUAUUUAAUUUGUGAAACAAUAGAAAAAUGGGUGGAACUAUAUAUGAAUAUAUAUAUACGAUGUAUAUACAUUAAUAUGUAUACUUUAUCUCUACGUAUUCUCUGUCUGAGGAAGUUAAGUUUGUGUUUCUGUGUUAAGGCGGCAAAAAUCACGUAUCCAAAUGUAAAUUUUGUAAACAAUGAAACUAUGUAACUAUGUACAAUAUAUAUAUAUAUAUAUGCAUAAAUGUGCGCACGGCAACAGAAACCCUAAGCGGACAGAUUGGCAGGCGAUGUGAGGGGAGUGCUCCUGCCAGCUCGCCCAUCUUCUAGUUAAUUCUAAUCUAAUGCUCUACGCUAAUUGAAAUUGUCGUUAUUCUUUCGUUUUCGUUUUCCAAUUGCCCUAUAAAGAAAUGUAUAAGACUUGAGCUACUCUAAUUGCAACAGCAACCCUAACUAAAAGGCGAAUUCCGAAUUUGAUUUCAUUUUUAUUUGAUAAGAGCCGAGCGCGCGCAGUGGAGGUUCCAGUGGAGUGUCUACACAGGAAGUCUUAUACAGCAGAGUGUAAAUGUAAACCGUAUUUGUAAUAGCUAACCAUUAACAUAAGACAGACUGUUUAAAGGGUAAAGUUUCUAAAACUCAAGCGUAUUAGUUGAAUUCUGUAAACGUCUGAGUUGCGCCUACUACUAUAUCACUACCACCACUAGAUCACUAGAUCCCUAGACCACUAGACCCCUAUCUUUACGUGUUAAGCCAGUGGCGGAGGAGUAUAAAUAGCUAACGGAAGUUGAAAGAAAGCAAAAAAUACAUUUUGUAUAUACAUAUCGCCCCUAGCCGCCCGCGAUCCCCACGAUCGGACAGGGCGGUGGGCGUGAGCUGCAGAAGUCGGUAUAAAUAUAAACUAAUUCUGUUUGUAACUAUUAAGUAAAUUAUUUUUGUUAACCUUAAGUAAGUUAAAUUUACCGCAAGAUUGCAGAAUGCAAGAACACACAUUUACAUAAGUAUACAAUUAAUUAAAUUAAACGCAAAUUACGAUUUAUUAUGGAGAAGAGCCUAUUAUGGAGAGCUUAUAGAUUCUCUCACCUGUAAAAUAAAUAUUUAAAAAAUAGCAUGUAGACAGACAUCAGACACAGAAGGAGCAUAAAGCAACAAAUUUUCACACCGCAUAUUAUAUUAUGCAUAAACAGAGAGCAAAACAAAAAAUUCUAAAUGAACGUAUCACUAAAAGAUCAUUAAAAAAAUUAAAGCAAAAAUACAACAUUUUCCGAAACUA